AAGGGAAGGGAAGGGAAGGGAAGGGAAGGGGAAGGGGAAGGGGAAGGGAAAGGGAAAGGUCUAAUAUCUUCCUUUGAGUACAAUAGGCCUUAGAUAUAAAACAACUUUAAUUUAUUUAAAUGCUUAUUUGAGCCUUUUCUCACAUUCAUUAAUUUUAUUUAACAAGUAUGUUGUGUCAGGCACUAGUCAAAGUUCUUUACAAAUAUUAACCUGUACAAUUCUCUUAACAACCCUAAGGAAUGAUACUAUUAUUAAUCCCAUUUUAUAGAUGAUGAAGAUUGCCUAAUAUUAUACAGCUAAUAGCUAACAAGUGUUACUCUAGUCUCAUCAUAUCCCUGUUCGGUGUUGUCUCUUCAGGUUAUCUGAUACAGUGGGACAGUUUCUGAUCAGAAAUGCUCCUCAGAACUCCUGGCCAAAUCAUGGAGUCUCCUAAUCACACUAACCUGGACCCUUCUCUUUUCUUCCUCCUGGGCAUCCCAGGCCUGGAACAGUUCCACCUGUGGCUCUCACUUCCUGUAUUCUGCCUGGGCACAGCCACAAUUGUGGGCAAUAUAAUCAUCCUGGUUGUUGUUGCCACUGAACCAGCCCUGCACAAGCCUGUGUACCUGUUUUUGUGUAUGCUCUCAACCAUUGACUUGGCUGCCUCCUUCUCCACAAUUCCCAAGCUAUUGGCCAUCCUCUGGUGUGGAGCUGGACACAUCUCUGCCUCUGCCUGCCUGGCACAGAUGUUUUUCAUUCAUGCCUUCUGCAUGAUGGAAUCCACUGUGUUGCUGGCCAUGGCCUUUGACCGCUAUGUGGCCAUUUGCCACCCACUUCGCUAUACCACUAUCCUCACUGACACCAUUAUUGCCCGAGUUGGAGUGGUAGCUAUGGUGCGGGGCUCCAUGCUCAUGCUCCCAUGCCCCUUCCUCAUUGGACGUUUAAGCUUCUGUCAAAGCCAUGUGAUCCCACACACAUACUGUGAGCACAUGGCUGUAGUAAAGCUGGCCUGUGGAGAUACUAGGCCUAACCGUGUAUAUGGACUGACUGCGGCACUAUUGGUCAUUGGGGUUGAUUUGUUCUGUAUUGCUCUCUCCUAUGUCUUCAUUGCACGAGCUGUCUUUCGCCUCUCAUCUCAUGAAGCUCGAUCCAAGGCCCUAGGGACCUGUGGUUCCCAUGUCUGUGUCAUCCUAAUCUCUUACACACCAGCACUCUUCUCCUUUUUUACCCAUCGUUUUGGCCACCAUGUUCCACUCCAUAUUCACAUUCUUUUAGCCAAUGUCUAUCUGCUUUUCCCACCUGCUCUUAAUCCUAUGGUGUAUGGAGUUAAGACCAAAGAGAUUCGAGAGAGGGUUGUCAGGGUAUUUCAAAGGGGGCAGGAAACUGGGGUCAAGGCAUUUGAGUGAUCCAGGAGUAUGGAAUGGACUUAGUCCAAAAGAAAAGAAGCUUUUUAAGAUUAAAUAAUCCUCAGUAUUUGAGAUUGGAAAGUGGUUUUAAUAGGGUGAUGAUGGUUUCCACAGUACUUUCUAGAUCAUUUCCAAGGUUAACAAAUCACAGAAAAGGUCAGGUUGGUUGAGCAUUGUUAUCUUCAAUCUAAGAAGCUGUAACAUUGAAAAAUUCUUACAACCUGGGUUAGAAGAGCCUCUGCAUAGUCAUAGAAAAUUUCCUCAGUUCUUGGCCCUCUCCCACUACAGAAAGCAUGGCUUUCUAACUUCACACUUUAGGCUAUAUUUUGCCAUCUGCAAGGAUCAAAAGAUGGGACCAUAAUGCCACAGAGAAAGAAACUAGAGCUGCAAGACACAUCAUUUUGCUUAAUUUCCAUAUUUCUCCAUCAGAGCUUGAAACCAAGAAGAAGAAACAAUAACCAUAAUAUUAGCUAGUGGCAGAGCAAGGGUUUGAAAACUAUGAUCUCUUGGUACAGACCAGUAGGAGUUCUAUGGGUGAGAUCAUAGGAAAAGUCAGAAAUAACUCUUAUUUGUAAACUUAACAUAUUCAUCCCAUGUUUAUAUUUCUGUUUCUAUCAUCUAGGGAAGCAAACUAAGUUCAAGUGACUUGGAUACCACUCCCUGAUAAACAAUUUCCAAAUAUUCUUAUGCAUUUGCACAACUGGUGGGGACCUGCAGAAGUUACUGACUUCUAUCUCCUGAAACUGUGAAGGAUGAUCACUUACCUAAAUCAAUCAGAGAGGGAAGUCUUUGCCAUUCAUUUUUCUAUUUAUUUAUAAAAAAGAAGGGUUAAAUGUAUCUUAGUCUCUCAAUCCUAGUUAACCCUGUGUAGGGGAAAGUUCUUAAUUGUACCUGUGACAUUGAGAUUGGAAAGCAGUUAUUAUAAAUACUGAUCCUUCUAUUUUCUAAAAAGAAAAGGUUUAUAAAAUUGACCGAAUACAUUGAAUUAAAAAAUAAGCAUUGAAAUUUUCAAUUUAUUCACAGUAUACACUGUCUGCUUGUCACCCUUUCAGUAGGCCACUCCAUAUGUUAGGUGAAGGAGACACAAAAAUCCCCUGCUAGAAAUUCAGAGACCCUCCACUGUUGGAGAUGUCAGUCCUGAGGGCAGAACACUAAGGACCAUAUUUUUAAAGUUUCCAUUCUCAGGAAUAUAAAUGUUUUAACUGUGUUAUUUUAUAUCAGUGGGGAUAGAUAGUUUGCAAAUAUUAGAAUUCAAUAAAAUAGAUAGAACACUGUCUUUCAAAGAAAAUAUAAUUAUUAUACUGUUUUAUAAGAAGAUUGCCAGUGCAUGGGCUGGUACUGUUUUUAAAUAACUUCACAUUCUAAUCUUCAAAUUGAAAUAUUCUUAACAUAUUUUUAAUAAUUUUAAACACCAUAAUUUAGCAAUUUAAUUUAUUUUUAUGCUUCAAAUUGGUCACCUUGAUAGCACACACACCCUACAACCCUAACUCUGGAACAAUUUCUGUACCCUGUGUCAUAAGUUCCUAAUACUCUCUUUGUGGAGCACAUCUGAACAAAGUAUACAGAUAUGCAGAUUGCAAGCACAAUUUGUACAUAAUCCACAUUUUAACUGGGAUGUCAUUGCUAUAUGACUAUGCUUUUACCUGUUGCAUAUUUUGCAAUAAUAAGAUCUUUUAAAAAAUAUACGCAAUCCUCUUAUAUACCUUUUGCCCCUAAUGGUUGCAUAUUCCACUAUUUUUUAUUCCAUAAGAAAAAUGAAAUGAUAGGAAGUAAACUGUCUCAAAUUCUAAUUCUCACACAAACUUUUCACAUCUACAGCCAUUUUUCUUUCUUUAUUACUCUAUUUGUUCAUUACAAAUUCAUUUUUCUAGUCAAGCAAGGUUCUCAAAAUAUGGUCUUGGGAGCUCAGACUAUAUAACACUUACUCCUAUAUCUUGUGUUCACAACCUAUGUGAAUUCAUUUGCUUUUUUACCCAAUAGCAAAAUUUUCAUUUAUCUUAAUGACUUUUCUUUUUAAAGCAAGUUUCUGAAAAAUAUUUUUGGAACUAAUUAUUUCUGCUGUUUGACUCCUAUUUUUUUCCUAUGUUAUAAUCUGGCUUCAACCACAAGUUUAACUUUCCAUUGAAAUACCUGUCUUCAAAGCCACCAGUGACUUUUUGUAAUUGGACUAUGUGACAAUAUAUUGUAUCAUUGGCCAUACCUAAUUCUCUAAAAUCUAUUAGCUACUGCUUCUAUGAUACCACAAGAUCCUAACUUUUAUUCUAUGUCUAUAAUGUUUGUCUUGUCCUCAAAGAAAUUAUAUGAAUCAAAAAGAAAACCUCAGUGAGGUCCAUAAGGAAAAAAUAAUAAUAACAUUUCAAAUUUGAAUGCAAUAAGGCUAGAAAUAAAGGAAUUAAAAAAUCAAUAUCAUUAGUUAUUAGGCAACUGUAAAUUUAAAUGUCAUUGAAAUAUCAGUUUCUCUAAUAAAAUCAAUAUGAACUUCCUAAAGAUAACUUGUUCUUGGCAUGGUCUAGAAUGCAAACUCUUAUACACUGCUAGGGACAUGUUUUAGAUAAAUUAGAAAACUAGCAUGGUGAUUACUGAAAAAUUUAUUACAAAAUUUUUAUUAAAUAAAAUGAAACUAGAAUAUCAAAAGACAGAAAUUUUAAAUAAAUACUAUUCAUCUGUUUAAUAAAAAGUAUGCAGUCUUAAAAAUCCCUCUUUGGAAGAACAGUUAAUGUACUAAUUGUAUACUCUUAAUUGUAAAAAUAGCAAUAUAUGUGGGUAAUGAGAUAACAUUAUUUCUUUUAUCUUAAAGCAUGUACCUGGGCAUAUACUCAUAUUAAUAUAUUUAAUAGAUAUACUAAUAAAUGUUACUUCUCUAGAAGGACAAAAAUAUAUGUUAAAAAGUAAUUUUAAAGAGUAAUUGAAUAAAUGUGUGAAUAAAUCAUUGACAUAAUUUAAAUGUAUUCCACUUGUUUCCCCCAGGGU